UUCUAAACCCUGCCCUUUCUACAAUACCAGACUGUAAAAUGAAAACUUUCUCACUUUUCAGGCUUUUUCUGCUGAGAUUUCAUUGAGAAGUCCGCCAAGAUGACGUUCCGUGUGGAAAACAUGUCCUUCAAGCAGGGUCAGGAGAUGACGUUCACAGGGAAGACCAAGUCUGGAGCCUCUAAUUUCACCAUCAACAUCGGCCACGACAGUGACAACUACGCCCUCCACUUCAACCCUCGUUUCAACCACGGACACAUCGUGUGUAACUCUCUGUCUGGAGGAAGUUGGGGAGACGAACUCAAGGAAGGUCACUUCCCCUUUCAGGAUGGAGAGCAGUUCAAGCUGGUCCUCAACUUCACCAAUGAGCAGUUCUACAUCAAGCUGCCAGACGGUCACAUGAUGGACUUCCCCAAUCGCCUUGGCGACUGCAAGUACAAGCACAUCAUGGUUGACGGAGAUGUCAAGGUCAUCAGCUUCAAGAUCAAAUAGAGGUUGACCUUUAACCUCUGACAGUUGUCUAAUACCUGUGAAUUUAUUUAUACCAACUCUGAGCUCUCAUUGUGUACGUUGUGUAGCGAGAGGAAAACCCACUAGGUGGCGCCACUGUCAAACACACUUCUACCAGAAACCUGUGGAGAGACCAUUCCAGAUGUGUUAAUAAAACCUCCGUGAAAGCAAACAAUGUUUUCAAUAUCUUUAUGUGGCCUUUGUAUAAUCUUUGAAUACUUUUGGUGUGUCCUUAACGAGAGGCUGAAUCUUUAUUUCCUUACUCACUAGUGUUGGAGAUAGAAUCACAAGCAUUCCAAUGCACCUGCAAUAACAUCUGCAAAUCUGUGUACGCAGCCAAUAAACUUCCAUUUGAUUUAGUGUA